UGAUGUUGUUGAACACAGCAGCCACAGCCAUAGAGGCACUGUGAGGACCAGUGUGGAAUAAAAGGUAUCCCAAAGAUAUGUUCACAGUCCUUCCCGUGGGUUAGAUUGCCAGUUUUAUUGUAACGUACAGGUUGGCCAAACUAAGACAUUUUCUGAGGGCUUGGUUUCCGUGAUUAUCUGUCAUUUCGAUCUCUCCUCCAACUCUUGGCUAACUAUGUGAGCCCAUGCUAGCUCGAUAGUACCAAGAAUCACCCAGGCUGAAGCUGGGGCGCAGCAGCAGCGGAUCGAGCCACUGAGCCGACGAUCAUUUCCGACAGCUCCGUAUGGAUUUGACGUCGGCAUACAUUGUUGCUUGAUGUUAUACCAAGGGCCGAUUACCAGCGAUUUCAAAGAUGGGGGAACCUUGUGACCUUAAGCACGUCGUAAAGUGUCCCGUCACUUUGGAGGGCUCAUUUCUCUGAUUUGGAUUAUUCUUGGCCAGCAGCCUCUUCAGGCCUACUAAUCCUAGACGAGUUUCUCAAUGGACACUCUACUCAGGUCAGAGAUCAGAGAGGAGGGGAGUGGUGCCUCGGUAAAGGUUGAAGGCCUAUCCAAGGCAGCUCUAAUGAAAAGCCUGUCUCCCAGAGUGAUGCUGUCCAACCAUCUCUUGCCUAAAGGGACCAAGACGAAGGUCAACCUAGAGGAUCAGGGUCGUCAGAAAGUGUCCUUCAGCUUCUCGCAUACCAAGAAGCCACUGCAGAGCCUGUUCUUCAUCCCUGCCAGCCCUGACAAGACCGUCGCUGAACCUCAGGCUGCCUUGUCACAGUCAGUCUCAGACAAAGGAGGGCAGAGUACAGACAGCAAAACUGAACAAAAGCAGACACCUGUGGUGCCAACAUCAAUAGCAGAGACACCUUCUCAAACACCAGUCUCCUCAGCCACUAAACUGAAACCAGACUUGGCAAAGAUGCAUUUCAAGAAGCAACUUCUCAGUGUCUCUGUGACUGAAGAGAAACCAACAUCCCUUAUGCCAGAGGAGCAGCUCUCCCCUGAAUUGCAGUUUUUGCAGAAGUCAGCAAGUAAGAGUGCAACUGAAUUCCCAACACCCCAGCCUCAGAAUGUCGUUGAUGUCUGCCCGUCUGAGAAUGCUCACAUUGAAGCCUCUGAGACGAGGCUAACCCCGAGCCUCAAGAAGCCCGCUGCUUCCUCAGGAAAAGAUGGAGAGACUUCCAGCAGUACUGAGCAGGAUAAGGUAUACAAAAGGAAAACCAGGUCCCAGUCUAAUAGUGCGCCCCCUGGCUCAGAAUCUGAUGGAGAUUCAGUCCAGAUGUCUUCCAGUUGCAAAUCAGUUGACUCCAAAAGUAAAACAAACUCCGACAGCAGAAGCAAAGAGGUAAAAAAGUCUUCCUCUGGUUCACAUGUGGAGGAGAAGGAAAAAAGUUGCUCAAAGCGGUCAGAGAAUCACGAAAGGUCUUCUAGUUACUCCAAAUCAGACCGUGAUUCUAGACACACAUCAUCACGCUCGGUUCGAUCAGACAAAGAUCGAAGAAGGUCCAGGUCUAGAUCACGGUCUCGAUCAAGAGGGUCUCGAACAAGUUCAUCCCACUCCAGAUCAGAGAGGUCCAGAGGUGACAGAGGAUCACGCUCUGAAAGGUCAUACUAUCACGACUCUGACCGCCGAUCACACAGGAGUUCGCCACGCAGAGAGAGAAGACGUUCUCGUUCUCGCACUGACAGAACUCGGGACAGUUCUGACUCUGAGGAUGACCAUAGGAAAACAAGGACAAGGACAAGUGACUCGAGUAGAUCGUCUGUCCAUUCAAGCUCACAUAAAGAGUCAAAAUCAUCAUCCUCUUACUCAAAAUCAGAGAAAGUCUCAAAAUCUAUAGAUUCUCCUCACUCUUCAGAGAUAGAUAAAAGAACACAAUCAUCAAAAUCUGAAAGGACUUCAAAACGAUUAUCAGACUCUGAUUCACAGCGUAAGUGCUCUCCUGAUCUGGACUCCAGUUACCGUAAACCUAGCAUCCAUCACAAGUCAGAGACCAACAACAAAUCCUCCUCUUCCAGUAUGCAUACCCACUCUCAAACACAUGAAAAAUGCCAAAAAAGCAGUUCCAGUGACUCUGAGGCAGAUCAUAAAGGAAAAUCAUCACAGGGCUCUGACAAAAGCUCUGGCUCAGAGGAGAAGAGUAAAAACUCCCUAAAGAAAACCAGUAGACCAGAUUCGAAACAGAUGACCCCUUCUAGAUCUUCUGUGAAAACCACUGGACAUGAUAGACAAUCAGAUGACAUAUUUCACAGUUCCAGCAAAGCACCGUCAUGUGCAACCACCACAGAACUUUGUUCUCAGAGUGAAAAAGAAAAAUCAGAUUCCCAUCAACAUGGAAAUGAACUUGGUAAUCAGGAUGUUAAGGAGAUAGUUUCAUGUACUGAAAAGGGUUUGCAAGAACCAUCAUCUACAAGAGCAAAAGAAACGAAAUCAGGUCUUGAAGUUGAGAAUAAAGAUACCUCAGCUGUAACCUCAAGUGAAAGCCUAAAGCAUGUAAAUGCUUCCCUGGAAAACUUGACCAAUGUGAAGGAUAGCCUUUCUUCUGAUCAACCACAUGUGAACUCAGAUGCAGCUGUCUUAUAUUCAUGCAGUAGUACUGAAAGUAUAGUGUACAGCCAGGAAAAGAAAGUGCUUGGCUGUUCGCCAGGGCCAAAGUCCUUACCUGAUACAGCGGAUGUACCUGUUACACAUAAUGUCCAGCAGAACACUAAACAAGAGACUGUUGAGCUGAAUAUGGUCGAGAAACAGUCUGACACAAGUGUGCCGCUAAAAUUGGAGUCACUGUGUCCUGAACCUGAGAACCAGCACACUUGUGGACAGCAAAGUAUAGAUACCGUUAAAAAGAGCAGCGGUAAUACCAAAAAGUCCCGGUGGGAUAUUGUUGGGCAGGACACCUCAGAGAGUGAUAAUUCACAGAGGAUGCUUAGUGCAGAGAGUAAGCGUACUGUUAAAAAAGUAAUCUCUGUCAAAAAAAUUGAGUUUUCUAAAGACAAUAGCCAACAAGACUCUGAUAUUAAAGAUAAUAUUCAACCAGAACCUGAAACACAUUCCACACUGGUAAAGCAGACUGAGAUCUCUAAGCAGGAGGUCGGCUCAGACAGCACAUCCAUGAUCGAUAAAUACAAAGACCAAAGUGAGCCUUCACGAGCAAGCACCAGCAUUGACCACUGUGACUUAAAACUGACUGUUUCUCAAAAAACAAACACAGAUGAGCCUCUGCACAUAAAUGAUACAUCCCAGGUUGAUGCAGCGGCAAAGAUUAACAGUUGGAAUGGAAAUGACCACGAUGAAACAUCAAAGGACAGCGGUCACAAAAACAAAUUGAGUAAGAGAACAUCACUUCAUCAGGAUGCAUUAGGAGGACAGAGUGAGGGCAGUGAUAGUGACAACUCGGAGUACGACUCCGAUUGUGGUGAGGCUAUAAAACGAUUGCACUCUGUGGUGGUGGUGCCAAAGAAUUCCUCCUUAACAAUGGAUACCAAGGACAUGGGAGCUUCCUGUAGUCCUAUGAAUAUUUCAGAACUGCACAAUGCCAAUAUAACAGCUGACAUGAAUACCCGUGAAGUCCCAAAUGAAGUCAGCUCUCAACAAAGACAGGGGAGUCCUUCCACUGUAUUUGGGGAGAGCAGUGGUCCAUGUGCUGGUGUAAAUAACUCAUCCAAUAGCAGCAUGUUGUGUCAAUCCCAGAGCAAUAUGAUUGACAGCACCAGUCACUCUGAGGGUUCCAGCACCAUCAGUGCCCUGCCUUACAUGGCCGGUCGUAUCAGUGCCCAUGGAAGUGCCACAGAUCCUGCUCACAGCCUUGAUAAUUCCAGACAGUGUGAACAAGGGCACAAACAGCACACUUUAAGUAGCAGAGGUGAACGGCUGUACUCCCAUUAUCAACAAGGUGAUUUCUCCAAUGCUGACAAUAUCAAUGACAAGAAUGGAUUCGUCCUGGGUUGGGAGUUUUCGCAAACAGAGCAGCCAAGUAGUACAUACCAGCAGCCUGAUAGCAGUCAUGGGCCACAGUUAACAAACACUAAGUUGGUGGGAAACUCUCCCAAGGGACAGGAGCACAGGCAGAAUAAUGCCAUCUGGAACCAUCAAUCCCCAAACAUGCAGACUAGCAGAAAACCUUACCUCCAUGCACAUGAACAUUAUCAGGAUCCAGCAGGUGAAAUCCAUCCUGACUCUCUAACUAAUGACCAUGACGACUACAGUGGGGAUAAAUCAUCAGAUCUUAGUAAAACAGCUGUUGAAUGGAAUGGACCUAACACUGCAGGGUCAUCAAGCUUUGUACAAGGGCAUGAAAUAAGCAGCAACAGUAGGGGCUCUGUUGUGCCUGACCCCCCUAGAGAAGACAAUUUUAGACCCCACAGAGGGAGAGGCCCUCCCAAGAAAAGGCGUCCGGAGAUUGAGUCAGAUUCAGACAAUGAGGCAGAGGCUGGGCCUGCAGGCAAAAGGGAGCGUCAAGGAGAUAUUGACAUCUCUAAGGAAACUCUUGUCAAAGCUGAGGCGCAACGUCCAUCACUCACUCUGCAGGACUUUCAAGAUGCCAAUAAAUGGAAAGAGCAUUCCAAGUCUAAAAAGAUGCCCCCUUACUUUGACCUGAUUGAGGAGAACCUCUACUUGACUGAGAGAAAGAAAAGCAAAUCUCAUCGAGAUAUAAAGAGGAUGCAGUGUGAGUGCCCAGUGCUGCCCAGAGAGGAGCGCUCAAGGGGAGUAUUGGCAUGUGGGGAAGACUGUUUAAAUCGGCUGCUGAUGAUUGAGUGCUCAUCACGAUGCUUAAAUGGAGUCUACUGCUCUAAUCGACGCUUUCAGAUGAAACAACAUGCAGACUUUGAAGUUAUCCUCACAGAAGACAAAGGCUGGGGUCUACGGGCAGCUAAAGACUUGACUUCAAACACCUUUGUACUGGAAUACUGCGGGGAGGUGCUGGACCACAAGGAGUUCAAAACAAGAGUGAAAGAAUAUGCUCGCAAUAAGAACAUCCAUUACUACUUCAUGUCUCUAAAAAAUAAUGAGAUCAUUGAUGCAACGUUAAAGGGAAAUUGCUCCCGGUUCAUGAACCACAGCUGCGAGCCCAACUGUGAGACCCAAAAGUGGACCGUUAAUGGCCAGCUUAGAGUUGGGUUCUUCACCACCAAGGCCGUCACUGCAGGGACUGAACUGACAUUUGAUUACCAGUUCCAGAGAUACGGCAAAGAAGCACAGAAAUGCUUCUGUGGCGCACCCAGCUGCAGAGGCUUCCUGGGUGGAGAGAACAGAGUUAGUGUUCGAGCAGCUGGAGGGAAGAUGAAGAAAGACCGCAGUCGAAAGAGUGCUCUCACCACGGUUGAUGAGGAACUGGAGGCGCUACUGGAGAAUGGAGAAGGCCUGUAUGAUGAGAAACAGGUGGUGUCUCUCUGCAGACUAAUGGUCCGAGUGGAGACCAUGGAGCAGAAACUCAUCUGUCUCAAGCUCAUACAAGAUACUCAAAAUCCGUCAUGCCUGAAGCAGUUCCUGGACCAUCAUGGAUUGUCUCUGCUGUGGAUCUUCAUGGUGGAGCUUUCUGAAGCUAAAGGCAACAGUGCAAACAACAUCAAAUUGCAGUUAGAGAUCAUGAAGACGCUGGCUGUGCUUCCCAUCUCAACUAAGAACAUGUUGGAAGAGAGCAGAGUCCUGACCUUCAUUCAGCGAUGGGCCCAAACAAAAACUCUCCCUCACCCUGCUGAGAUGGAUGGCUACUCCAGUGAGAACACCUCCCGUGCUCAAACACCCCUCAACACUCCUGAUGGUUCCUCCACCAAAAUGGGACCCGAAUUAGAUGGUGACACCUCCAAACCUGCUGUGUACCGCCGCCUUAAAAUCAUCAGUGAAAACAGUCUAGACAGUGCACUCUCUGAUGCUAGCAAAGCAUCUGAUGGGAAGGAGGAGGAGGAGGAAGAUGAUGAUGAGGAGGAAGAUGAAAACUCACACGCAGGACUCCCUGACGGCAAACAGUUGAAGGCAGAACCAGUGUGUGAAGCCACAGAUCCAACAAAAGAUGCGAUGGAAGAGUCAGAGAAAGAGGUCGAAGGGGAGAAACAGGAAGAGGCAGGGAUGAGUUCUAGCACUCAGCCCCAACCUCAAACUGAGGAGGAGAAAGACAAAGUGGAGUUGGAUUUGGAGAAGAAGGACACUGAGAUGAAAGAGGACACAAGUGAGGGUCUGAAGGAUGAACCUGAGGAGUCAAAGGAGACUGGCGAGGAACAGGAGAGUGUGGAGGAGCAGGCCAGUCUGGCAGUGACAGAAAAGGCUGAACUGGAAAGUGACCAGUCUGCUGUAAAAGUUCUUGAGCCAGAGAGUCAGUCCAUCCAAACAGGUGUUUCUGAACUUCCACCUGAGGAGCCUUCAGAGCAGAUGGAAGCACAGGCAGAGACACAAGAGCCUGAGAAGGCUCCUCUUGACAGUGAAGUGCAACCUGGUGAAUCUACCACUGAUGCUCCCCCAAGCUCUGAGAUCCCAGAAGUCAGUAUGCCCUCUGAGGUCACAGUGGCCCCUGUGGACCCAUCAGUGAUAGGAACUCCUUCUCAGGAUGAGGAGGAAGGUGUCUCAGAUGUGGAGAGUGAGAGGAGUCAGGAGCCCCCGCUCAGUACUUUGGACAUUAGCGGCAUGGCUGCCAGGCUUCUGGAUAGCUGGAAGGAUCUAAAGGAGGUGUACAGAAUACCAAAGAAGAGUCAGGUCGAAAAGGAAGCAAAUGAUCGCAGCCGAGAUCGAGACACAGCUUUGACACCACGCAACACUUCUGGGAGCCGAGAACGUGAAAGGGAGCGAGAGAAGGAGAGGGAACGAGACAGAGACUAUGACAGAGACAGAGACAGAGAUCGAGAUCGAGAUCGAGAUCGAGAUCGAGACUGGGACAGAGACAGAGAUCGGGAUCGGGAUCGAGAUAGGGAUAGGGAUCGGGAUCGGGAUCGGGAUCGUGACCGGGAUCGCGACCGCGACCGUGACCGUGAUCGUGAUCGAGAUCGAGUCUCUGACAAAACUCCCCGCAGCACUGACAGACGGAGGAGACGCUCUGUGUCUCCACCGUCAUCCUAUGAAAGGAGCAGUCGACGCACUGAAGAACGGUUUGACCCAUCUAACAGCAACAAGACACCGCGAGGAGUCAGUGGCAAGGAGCGCAACAAACUGUCCACAGAGGAACGCAGAAAGCUGUUUGAGCAGGAGGUUGCUCAGAGGGAAGCCCAGAAACAACAACAGCUUCAACAGCAGCAGCAGCAGCAGCUUCAAACUAUGGCUUAUGACCCUGCUCUGGCCUAUGCCUCCAGCCCUGGUUAUAUAACCUACCCCCCUGGAUAUCCCAUUCAGACCUUUGUGGAUCCCACCAACCCCAAUGCAGGCAAAGUAUUGCUCCCUACCCCUUCAGUUGAACCCACCAUGAACUAUGAUCAGACUCCUCCUCAGCGACUUAUCUCAGACCUGGGACUUACCUCUCCAUCCUCCACUUCCCAAGCCACUCCAGUCUCUAAUCUCUCUCAGCACAUCACCACCACCAACCUCGCAGCUGGAAACCCCCAGCAGUAUGCCCAGCCAACUGUAGCAACUCAGGACGCAGGUGUAGCUGUCCUCUCUGUACCAGCCCAGACGGCCCCUCAGGUACAGAGCCAGCAGAGCUACACCACUCUCUGGGACCCUGCCACUCAGCAGGCAGUGACUGUGCAGACCCAGCCAGCACAGCAGUAUGCCACAGCUCCAGCUCCAGCACAGGCCCAGACACAGACAGCCAUCUAUUACCAGGGCCAGCCUUGCCAAACCAUCUACAGUAUCCCCACCGCCUACCCUCAGACUAACACUCCAGUCAUACAGGCGUACACUGAACCCACAGCCAGCUACCUGCAUGGCCAGCCGGUGUAUCCCGGCCAUCAACAGGGAGUGGUGGUGCAGCAGGGAGGCACAGUCACCACCAUUGUCACAUCCCAAACUGUGCAACAGGAAAUGAUUGUACCCAACAAUGUGAUAGACCUGCCUCCUCCCUCUCCCCCUAAACCCAAAACUAUCGUCCUACCUCCCAAUUGGAAAGUGGCUCGAGACCCUGAAGGGAAGAUCUACUACUACCACAUUGUCACAAGGCAAACACAGUGGGACCCUCCAACCUGGGAGGGAAGUAGCGACAACACUAGUGUGGACCAUGAAUCUGAAAUGGACCUGGGAACACCCACGUAUGAUGAGAAUCCUUCCAAGUUCUCCACGAAGACAGCUGAAGCUGACACUUCGAGUGAACUGGCUAAAAAGAGUAAAGAGACAUUUCGGAAAGAGAUGUCCCAGUUCAUCGUGCAAUGUUUAAAUCCUUAUCGGAAGCCAGACUGCAAAUUGGGACGCAUCAGCAACACCGAAGACUUCAAACACCUGGCUAGAAAGCUAACUCAUGGAGUUAUGAAUAAGGAGCUGAAAGCUUGUAAGAAUCCUGAGGACCUCGAGUGUAACGAGAAUGUGAAGCACAAGACCAAGGAAUACAUCAAGAAGUACAUGCAGAGAUUUGGCUCUGUAUACAGGCCCAAGGAGGACACAGAGGUGUACUAGCCUCAGAGGCCACAGAUGUUAUACUUGCUCUGUGUUAACACAGGAGAAGCACAGAUUUGCCUUUCCAUUCACUCCUACAUGUAAUGAACUGGCCAGCUUGAACCGUGAAGUAGUUUCUUACCUGUAUUUAUAACUAAGAAUUGCACUGCACAGGAGCUCUCCAGGCCCCAUGGAUCAUGGAGGAGCCCCAUACUAGAGACUGUCGGAGACUCGAGUGCUGCUGAACGACCCGAGACUCCAGGUGCAGUGUUUUCAAUGGACGACACUGAGGGGUGCUAUAGAGACUAAUGUUCUCACUGACCGUUUGAUUUUUAGCUUUUUUUUUUUUUUUUUCCAUUUGUGGCUCUUAAAUGUUCCCGAGAUGAUCACCUCAAUUCCACUUUUUAAACUCUUCUAGCCCUGAAUGAGGAUUACUCAACGGAAUCAGCUUUGGUAUCAUACACAUCAAAUUUCUUUGUUACUUUCCACCGUUAAAAAAAUGGAUCAAUAACAGAACAGUCCAGCCCCCCCACCCCACCCCCCAGCCUCCUUUUUCUUGUGCACGCUUCAACCAACCCCCCUGCCACUGACUCUGUAUCUGGUGCUGCUUUUAACUGGGCUGUGGAGGUCCAAGCUUCCACUCCUCAAACCCUGCCUUUCUUAACCACAAGACUUUGGAGCCUCUGUUGUUUUAUGGAUGCAUGAUAUAGGCUGAGGUCAGAGUGGUAUCCUUAUGGAAAUUCCUUCAUUUUUCAUGUCUCUGGCUUCAAGAAAUAUGCCCUUACUGGGACAAGCUUUUACUCACAAUACACUUAGGGAUCAGCCAGUGACUAGCAGGUUGGCAAAGGGGUUAGAGAUUAAUGUUUCCAUGUCUUUUAUCGAUUUAUGUAUAAUAACGGGAGCAGGGUUUGAAUGCUAUGUUUGAUGUGCUGUUUAGCUGUGUGUCAAAUUUUUCCUCAUUUCCUGUCCAACUCCUUUCCCAACUUGUUCUGCUCUGUUUCCUCUUCUCACAGGAAUGAUGCUGAAAAUUAAGGUUGUAGCAUUGAAGUUUUAACAUUUUCUAAACAUGUUGUGUGUUAUGGCUUUUUUAUCACUGUUGGUCCUAGUUAGAAGUUAGAGACACUUAGGUCGCUCCACAAACUGUCACACAUUUAUUUCCAAGUUUUACAGUGGUCAAGGUAGUCUCAUUAGCAUUAGGUUACCAAUUUGUUGCAGCCUAUUAAAUUGCAUUAAACAAAGUUCCAACAUAUGUACAUUGCUUUAUAUGUGAAUAUAUUGAAUAAUAGUUUUGGGAAUGUUUAAAUAAGCAGACACUUUGUAAAAGGACUAUCAUUUCAUGAUUUAAAGUGUAAAUAAUGUGUAAAAUUAUCAAAGCUGCACACAGGAGACUAGGGUCAGGGAGCACAGUGAGCCCACCCAUCCUCACCAGCUCAGCCCUCCUGAUGCAGUUACCACAUCAGUCCGUCAAACUUAGGACCCCACUGACUCACAGCCCUCUAUUUUAUUUCAGUGGUGGGGGAGAUUUUCAUGUUUUCUUUAUUUCUUUUUUUGUUAUUAUUUUUCUAUGUACAAAGUUUCACCCUACUCUACUGUAAGUAUUGUGUAAGCACAUUGUCAUACCGAGUGUACAAACAUUUUAAAAGAUAAUAAACUUUUUUGUAAAAUUA